AUGGCGCUUGAAGGAAGCACCCUACUUGCAGGCCUUGGGGGCUUGCCAGGGACAGCACCUGUUACAAGAAGCUCUGCAGAUGCUCCUCGAAGCGGUCUUACAGCCUCAUGGGGUGUUAGUUCUGAUUGUAGUGUAGGGGGGCCCCCAGGGGCCCCUGAGGGUUUAGGAGGGGGGCCCCCCUGCAGCUCUCGUGCUCGGCAAGUGCUGCUGGAGGCUUUAAUGAGAGUAAAGAAAAAAGAUAAAAAGCAGUUUUUCGCUGUUGCUGUUGAUUCAAAGUUGGUGCCGGACUACCACCUUGUUGUAAGGGAGCCGAUGCACUUUGAGGCAAUUCGAGAAAAAAUCGAAAAUGGAGUAUAUCAAGGGUUUUAUUGUAUCAUUUUGCUUUGUACGUGCAUCGUACAGUUCUCUGAAUUCGACAAAGAUAUAGCUCUUAUUGUUGCUAACUGUCGGCUGUACAACCACCCUGAUACUCCUUUCUGCCGUGCUGCUGCACUUGUUGAGGGCUGCUGGGAGAAGUUUAGAGAUCGAUUUAAAGCUAAGUUUGCUGCUGCUCAGCAAGCAGAUGCUGCUGCUGCAGCAGCAGCAGCAGCAGCAACCGAAGGGAAAGAAGAUAAACAUACUGUUGCUGCCGCUGCUGAUAGACCUGAAGACAAUUCAGCAGAAAGAGAUAUCGCAGCUGAGCAACCAGGCGAAGUUGGGCGGAGCCUCGAUGCAGAAGAAGUGCAUGAAAUUGAGAACGUCUGGAACCGACAGAGAUUAGCAGCAUCUUUGCUGAUGCGCUCUGCAUGCAAUCCCCGUGCUGCUGCUGCUUUGGGGCUGCUGCAGCAGCAAGCCGUGGAGUCUACUGCUGCAGCUGACGCGCAGCAGCAAACCCAUCCUGCAGAAGAAGCUCCUUCUCAUGGAGUGGUCAGCAGCAACCCCCUGACAGAUCCUUUUUUCUGGUUUUCCUUCAUGCUGCCUGAUGCGGCUUUGGAGGCAGAGGCAGCAGAGCGCGCUGCAGCGGGAGACACAGCAGCAGGAGCAGCAGCAGGAGCAGCAGCAGGAGGGGGGGAGGGGCCCCUUGGUUCUUUACAAGCAGCAAGCAAGGGCUUUAAUGUUUUAGAAUAUCCUAUGCAGCCUCUACCAGGGUCUCGAUCUAUGAUGAGGCGGCACCAGGGGUCUCGUAACCUAUCAUAUAAUGCGAGUCUGUCUUGCUGCAGCAUGCUAGACUUUCUAGGAGCUGAAGCCCUCAAACGAUUGGAAGCAGAUUGCCCUCAGCUGCGACUUACAGUGCGGAGGCUGAAGCAAAAAGAACCCCCUAAGUCGCCUCUUACAGAUAUUCGACUCUUUGGCAUCGAUACACCGGAUUUUUCAGAGUUUAAUUCACGUUUACGAUUUGAUCAAUCUCUUUUGCUUGGCGUAGGAGAGGCGCAUGUGCUGUCAGCAAGAACUUUAUCUAGAAUACCCUCAUCUGGGGGCCCCCCAUCUGCUAGUACUGGGGGGGCAUAUGGGGCCCCUGGGGCCCCUGCUGUACAGCCACCUCCUAUUUGUACAGAUGUCCUUCUUGCUCUCUGCGGAACAAGCAGAAUCAGCAGCAGUAGCAACCCAGUAGCUGCUGCUGUCUUUGCCCAGGAGCAGCAGCAGAUGCGCCUCCGCCUGUUGCAGGCUGCAGCUAAAGCAGCAGCAGCAGCAGCAACGCCACUGGGAAGACUAAGCCAAAGGCCCGCAAGAGAAGAGGGGGGGGCCCUCACAUCUCCAGCAACGCGGGGGCCCCCACUGAAGCGUCUGAAGACAGACGCAGCGGAGGCAGAGGGCACUGCAGCAGCAGCAGCAGCAGGAGCAACUGCUGCUGCUGCUGCGGGGCCUGCUGCUUCAGUAAAACCAUCCGAAGAAGCUGCUGCAGCCACUCAGACAGACGCAGCAUUGCUGCAACAGGGAGACAAAGUAGCAGCAGCAGCAGCAGCAGCAGCAGCUCCGGUAGCGGGGACUUCAGGAGCACCCCCCAGGAACCUGCCUGUACACUUCGAUGCUCUGUAUGAUUUGCUGCUGAGCACGCCGCAGCAGAAACAGCAGCUGCAGCAGCAGAUGCAACAGCAGCUGUUGCUGCAGCAGCAGCAGGGGCUUACAAGUGCGCACAUGCUUCAACAGCAACAGUUGCAGCAGCAGCAGCUGCAGCAGCAGCGCCUUCGACGCCCAGGACCCCCCUUGCCGGGGGCCCCACUUCAGGGGCCCCCACUUGGGGCCCUUCCGGGACCUAUUGCAGGCCCUAUCUCAGGCCUUGCUCAACAACAGCAGCAGCUGCUGCGCCAAAAUAGGCAGCUGAAUGUGCUUCAGCAACAACUGCAGCAGCAACAACUGCAGCAGCAGCAACUGCAGCAGCACCAAGUCAUGGACGCUGCAAAGCAGCAAGUCCUUCAGCAGCAGCAGCAGCAAGUUCAGCAGAAUGUUGCUGCUGCUGCUGCAGCUGCAUCUUCGACCGCGGGUCAUUCAUUACCGCCCUUCCAGAUGUUCCAGCAGCAGCAUCCUCAGUUACUGCUGCAGCAGCAGCCACAACAACUGCAGCAGCAGCUUCUGCAGCAGCAGCUUCUUCUGCAGAGGCAGCAGCAACAGCUUCAGAUGACAGGCCAGCAGCCUGCUGUGGCUGUGCGCACUGCGCAGCUGCUGCAGCAGUUGCAUCAGUUGCAGCAGCCGCAGCAGCAACUGCCGCAGCUGCAGCCGCAGCAGCAGUCUGCUGCGUGGCCGCAGCGUUGA